AUGAUCAGGGCUUCCAACACCUCCCUCGGCAAAGCACUCGUCUCCACUGGUCUAGCUUCCUCCUUCCUUCUCUCCUGCCCCUCUCCCGCAGAGCAUCGGAAGCUCCUCUAUCUCAAACCCGUUCAGACUGGAUUCCCGGCGGACUCCGAAUCCCAAUUCGUUUUCUCUAGACUGUGCUCCCUCGGGCGCAGCUCAAAUAGAAAGAGUGAAUCAAUAACUCAGCAAUUUGAUGCAUGUGCUAGCUGGUGGACUCAAGGGCCUGAUACUGCUCUACAGAUUGAGCUUGCAAGAGAAUUGGGCUAUGCUGCUGGGCGAUUUGGUUGGGCUUCCAGGAGUUACUUUUCUGAUAAUGGGUCAACCGCGAUUGAAAUUGCCCUCAAAAUGGCAUUCCGAAAAUUCUAUAAUGAAAAUGAUGUGCUUUCUGGCAGGAGCAACACUGUUGAGAGAUGCUUUGAGCUGAAGGUAUUAGCUCUUAAUGGGUCUUAUCACGGUGACACAUUGGGUGCAAUGGAAGCGCAAGCACCAUCAUCAUAUACGGCCUUCACCCAACAACCAUGGUAACCACUGACCAUUUUUUUGUCAUGAGGAUGUUGAGUUUGGAUUUAUGUGAUUUUGUGACUAAAUUCCUGCCCAACUGGUAAAUGUUUUGCAUGGCAGUCUGGUAUUGACCGAGAAAUACUAAUCAUAUCCGUGUCUUAGAUUUUCCAUCUUAUAUCACGUUAUGAACAUUGGACUUAAGUAUCUCACUUUAUGCAUUCCAAUGCCUGGAGCAUUGGUAUAUUUGGAUUAAGCAUUAUGACAAUAUGUGGUGUUUGUUGUAUCAUUCCAAUCAACCCAAGGAGCAAGGAGAAGGUGCAAGCAAGGAGAACAAGCUUGAUUCUAUCAUUCCCCUCUUCUAGUUUGUGUUUUCUUCCUCUCUCUAAUGACUUGAAUCUCUAAUGAUUGUUUAUGGAAGAUGAACCCGAGUUUAUAGGUUGUGUAUGAAUGGGUUAUGUAUGAAUGUGUCUGACUAGUUGAUUUGAAUGUCAUUCUAUCCUUGAUUGUGUUUGGGUAAGUCGCACUAAUCUACUCUAUU